AUGUCGAGCAAUGCCUCCCCCUCCAACGCCACCUGGGACGGCCAGAACCUCUUGUCGUCUCUAUCCUGCGACCUCCCUGUCCGAGAUAAACCGAGUGUCCACAACCCCGACGCCGAAGCCAUCCGCUUCGAGACAAACCACUGCUACCCGGCUCAAACUACACCUCUGGGACCUCCGUAUCCUUCCGAUAUCGAUCUCGACAUGAAGACGGACAUGAAUAUGAACAUGGACCACGGACACAGCGGCAACCACAACCACAACCACGAACAAGCCCACAAAAACGACUACCUCAAGCAAUCCCGACAGCAGUAUACUACUUGGGACUACCCGCUGAAGGCUGUGCCCAUCGAGUCCGUACAGGCCACAUACACAUUCACGGUGGCGCUUCGGUCUAUUAAUAUAGGCGGGAUGUAUAUGGACGUCUGGGCCAUCGUCGUCCUGACGUUCUGGAUGCGGAUGAGGCGUUAG